GGCGGUCUUCAAAAAGUUAUCAGGAAGCAGAUUGACAAAUUGAAACUCCUCUGGAACUUAGAGAGGAAGAAAGUUUACAACUAAUCUUUAAUUUGUUUGCCAUUGUUUUUUCGGUGGGUUAAAUCAUGCAGGGCAGCGCGUAUGGGGCCUCUCUGGCCGGCGGGGCCUUUGACUUUGAAAGUUUUGUGAAGAAACCGCAGACUAUUUUGCGCUUCCUGAGUUGGGUAUUUUCCAUUGUGGUUUUUGCAAGUAUUACAGCUGAAGGCUACAUUAACAAACAAACACAACAAGAUACCAAGUGCAUGUUCAACAACAACGACUCUGCCUGCAGCUACGCCGUGGGAAUCGGAGUCCUGGCCUUCUUGGCUUGUGUUGCUUUCCUGCUACUGGACGCCUACUUCCCAAAUAUUAGUAAUGCCAAAGAGAGAAAAUUCAUCGUCAUGGGAGAUCUGGUCUUCUCAGCGUUUUGGACAUUCCUGUGGUUUAUCUGCUUUUGUGUCCUGGCCAACCAGUGGUCCAAAACUGAUGCCAAGUUUGUCAUGGCUGAUGCUGCCAAGGCUGUGAUCGCCUUCUCCUUCUUUUCUGUCAUCACCUGGAGUCUUUUGUCCUACUUUGCUUUCGGAAGAUAUCGCCAAGGAGUGAGUGACUUUAACCAGGAUUACACAGACCCCGCCCAGGAUCACACCUCUCCGUACCCACCUGCCCCUUCCAGCUACCAGCAGGCGCCUUUCACCAACAACCAGGCUCAGCCGGGAGAGUAUCAGCCUCCAAACUACUGAAGGACAGAUUUACUCACAUGAAUCCUAAUGGGAGGGGGGAUUCUUCUUAAAAUAAACAAAAAAAAAAAAAAAAAGGCACUUGUACCAAUGAUUUUGUUUAAAAUCAGCACUGUCCACGGCACUCCCCUUUUUCUGGCAUAUUUUUCUGGGCACUGACUUUCAGUUUGCUGCUUUGUGGCUGAACUUUUGUUUGGUUGAUGUUUUAUUGUAAUGUUUGACAAAAAUUGCCCCAAAAGAAAAAUACAAAAGAUUGACUUAAAACUAAAACAGCUCUCAUAGAUCAAACCUUGUGUCAAUUUUAUUUGCAAAUCAAUCUACUUAGAUUUACUCGUACCUUAAGAAAUGCAUUCUGUAUUUAAAAGAAGGGGAAGUUUUCUUUGAAUAUGUUACUGUUCAGCACAUUUUUUUGGUUUGCUCAUGUUAUGUGAUGGUGAUCCACAUUCAAGUUUAGUUUAGAAAUUAUUGUUCUAACAAUAAAUGCAUGAUUUAAUAAACAGGUUUUCUUUUAAAUGUACCUACUUGAGCUACUUAUCUUUUUUUUUAACUAUCCACAACAAAAAAGCUUUAAUUCUCAAAGUAUUUUUUAUUUUGCUGUCCAAGGGAUCUGCCUUUAGCCUCAAUCGUUACUUUUUUCUAAGUGUAUGGUUUAGAUUUGCGAUUUUAUUUUUGCAUUUUGCCCUAAGCUACCUGGUGGGCAUGUUUUUGGUUCAAGUUUUCAGUUUUUAGCAUAUAUUUUUUUGGGAAUCUGAUCUGAAAAAUUGAAGAUGUAUUUAAUUUGCGGGUGUCUGACACUGCAAUUGAUUAUUUUCUUGUUUGUUAAUUGAAUCUUUUCACUGUUCUUAUUCAAAUAGAUUGAAGUACAUCUGGUGAAGUGUUUUGUAUCAGAUGGGAUUUGCCAAAUAAAAACUGCUCCAGGUUCUCUUGUCAGCCCAUA